UCGAGUAUCGUCCUAACGUAAUAAGAGAUUAGAUAGUUUGUGCUAUUACGAUACGUGUGUUACACAAAUCCGGAGAAUUUAACCUUACCACGAAAUACACUCCCUCAGCUAUAGUAUGUUUUAAUCGCCUCCUCGUAUGCAGGUCUCCCAUCCCCACCAUCUUGACACAAAGUAGCAGACAUGGUAGAGCCAACAACACACAAGUUUGCAUCCCUGGCGGAGGAGCUGGGCUUCUGGAAGGAGCAGGCAAGGAGACAUCAACAAAGGGCUGAUGAGGCUCAGGAGGAGCUGCAGGAGUUUCAACAGAUGAGUCGAGACUAUGAAGCUGAACUGGAAACCGAGCUGAAGCAGUGUGAGGGUCGAAACAAAGAGCUGCUUAUAGACAACAACCGACUCCGCAUGGAACUGGAAAGCAUAAAGGAGAAAUUUGAAGCUCAGCAGGGGGAUGCUUUUAGGCACAUCUCAACGCUGGAGGAAGAUCUGGCACAAACCAGAGCGGUGAGAGAUCACCUGCAGAAGUACAUCAGGGAGCUAGAACAGUCCAAUGAUGACCUGGAGAGGACUAAAAGGGCUACCAUCAUGUCUCUGGAGGACUUUGAGCAGCGGAUGAACCACGUCAUUGAGAGGAACGCCUUUCUUGAGAGCGAGUUGGAUGAGAAAGAGAACCUACUAGAGUCUGUUCAGAGGCUCAAGGAUGAAGCCAGAGACCUUCGGCAGGAGCUGGCUGUGCGUCAAAAGGAGAGACGGCCGUCCAGCAGCCUGGGCAAAGACACAGAUCGAGCAGAUCUGUCAUGUCCCUCAGCUGGCAACCCAUCCAUCCCUGUCACACCCUCCAAACCGCUCAGCUCAUAUGCCACGCCCCCUGCUUCCAGUAUCCGACGAGGUGAUGGUCUAACGGGGACUCCCCUAACUACCUCUGCUAGAAUAUCUGCACUCAACAUUGUAGGAGAGCUGCUGAGAAAAGUUGGAAAUCUGGAGUCAAAGUUGGCGUCCUGUCGAGACUUUGUGUGUGACGUAUCUGUCAGCAGACCAGCACUUCCGGCCGGCCCCGGUAGUCCUUCUGGUUUAGAAAGAGGCUCAGAGGUCCAAGCCAGCAGCAUGAGUCCCCCUCCUCAGUACGACAGCUUAGUGAAACGAUUAGAGUUUGGACCAGCUCCUCCGAGAGGAGUCUCCCAGGGCGCACAGUCUCCUCAGGGAGGGGUCAAGAUUCUGCUAUGAGAGGAGAAAGAAGGCGAACCCCCCCACGCUCUUCAGUAACCUGACACAGAGCACCUGUCCCCUCUCCCUCCUCAAUAAACUACAGCAAUGGGACUUUGAACUGAGCUGUCUUCCUUGUCGCCACGUGUCCACUGAACUAUUUAAACAAGAAAGCCACUCUCUUUGCUCCAUGCCCCACAUAAUCAGCGCAUGGACUUCUGCUGCCUCCGGCUAGUAUCACACCGUUUCUGUCAUAGGAAGCAGUACCGCAGCUUGUGUAAAGUCAAAGAACCAAGAGCUCACACUGUAUCUUCGGCUGUAUUUCUGAUACUGUGGUGGGUAGCAUCUCAAAACAAUCCUUCUGUGUCUGCUGAUUAGAUUUCUGUGGUGGAUGAGCCACAACGGGGCUGUUGAAACACACAUUUAGGGUGGUUAAUGCACUUGCCCAUUGAUCAUAACAUUAAUACCAGCCACUGGAUGUGACCCUGAUUUAGGGACCAAGACCUGGAGUGUCAUUUAUAAAAGGGUUCCAUUGUACAAAUAUCUCUGACCAAGUUCAAACCAAAGCGUUGAUAAAUGGAAAACUGACCUAACGUGAAAUAAAGUGAAAGGGUUUAUUUUCUCUUUGACACUGAUUUGAAAAACAUGUUAAAACUUUGAACAAGUCUGUUUUUGUUCUUAAUUCUUUGAACUUUGGGCUCAAAUAAUGUAGCACUGAACAACAUCAGCAUGAACCACCCGUUUGUUGAUGGUUGAAAAGAUGAGCGUUUUUUUGGUUUUGUUUUUUUUUUCUAGAAGAGAUUCAAUAUUCAAAAGUGGAGAGUGAAUUAGUCGCUGCCAGGAGUUAGUGUUAGUACUUGAGCCAUCGCUGCCUUCAUCGUGUUAUUACCUCUUCAGUUUGUAGGCCUUGCUUUGCUCUAAGAGUUCAAGUAAGUGAAAUAGGUUAUCCAUUUCUCAUGCUGCCAGCUCUCUAGGAAUGAGGUAAUAUCAUUUUCUUUCAGGCUCGUUGAAUCUGACAUGGUUAAAUUCAGUUUGACCCGGCUCCUAUCCAUCUCCUCCCUCCUGCCAUUGCACAGACUUGUUUUAGCAGACUUGUGUUUUUCUGGUACACAGGGCUUAUGGAAGCGAAGUUUAGGUUUUUGGGUUCUUUUGCAUCAGAGAUAAGAUGUUCAUUUGUCAUGCUGCAGAUUUAUGAUCCUCUGUUACCAAUAACUUUUGUACUGAUUAUAGUUGACUGUAGAAGUUAGAUUGGCACAUGUUCACUACUGAAUGUACAGUAAUGAUUCUUUAAUAGGUGUGAGACCUCUUGUCUGAGGAGAAGUUAUAAGGUGGGCGAACGGUGAAAAUACCAAGCAAUAAUAGAUUUUAACAGGUCAAAGAUAAGCACAGUUUCAUAGUAUAUCUGUGUAGCUAUAUAGAGUCUAUAUUGAAUACUCUUUUCCUGCCUUUUAGUGAGAGCUAAUGUGAAUGGGAAAAUGGAGUGAUAAACAGUUUUUGUGACAUCUGGACUUUUCCCUGAAAUGUUUCUGGUUAAUCUUGAGUUUUCACUACUGCCAUCCAGCAUCUCAUGAAGCAGAUAUUACAGUGUAUAUCUAAAUAUCAUGUUUGUAUAGCGGUUGUCACUGUAAUGUUGUGUAGGAAUUAUCUUGUGGUUCAUACAUAUCAGCACUGGAUUUCCUGCUCCUCUUUGCUGUUUAACCUUCCUUCAACUAACAUGAUCUAACUGCAAUUGUGAUCCACGACCACUGUGUACUGGGUGUUUGUUUGUAAGCAGCACCUCUGCAUCUGCUUCUGUAUUUGGACUUUAAACUGUAUGUGCCUGAGGUACUCUACCCAACUUUGAUCCUGGUGAUUUGCAGUUGUUUUCACGAUUGAACUGAACAGAUGAGAAUAAUGCUCUGUUGUGAUGAUCCAGUUUGACCUUUGAAGUUACUGACCAAGACAGAAACAUUAAAAGGAGAAAAAUCAAAGUU